AUGAUGAAUAAAUUGGAGUUAAACGAAGACAAAGUCCUGGAGGUGCGGUUUGUGGGAGAUGAUGAUGUUCUUAAUCACAUUCUUGAUAGAGAAGGAGGAGCUAAAUUUAAAAAGGAACGACCUCAACUUUUGGUCAACACAAAAAAAAUAAUAAAGAAGCCGGAAUAUGAUUUGGAGGAAGAUGGCAUUGAAGUCUUAAAAGAUAAGAACUAUGUGGAAGUUUUAGGACGAGAUGUUCAAGAAUCUUUGAAAAAUGGCUCUGCUUCUGUUGGUGGGAAUAAAGUUUAUUCUUUUCAGAAUAGGAAACAUCCUGAAAAGAUGGCUAAAUUAGCUUCAGAACUAGCACAAACACCAAGAAAAAAUGUGUCAUUCAGUUUGAAGAAUGAUCCUGAAAUUAUGACAGACAUUCCUCAAUGUAGCAAAGGGCAUUCACCUUCAGAUGAAGUUCAGUUGAAGAACAAUGAUAAAAGUGAAUUUAUGUCAACAACUCGUGUUCUAAGGAAAAGAUUAAUAGCCCCAAGGUCUCAUUCUGACAGCGAAAGUGAAUAUUCUGCUUCCAACUCAGAGGACGAUGAAGAGGUUGCACAAGAAUUUGAAGAGGACACUAAUAAAGUCAUAUUGAGCCCAAAGACUCAAGCUCAGAAUAGAGUAGUUUCAGCUCCUGUUUACAAAGCAACACCUUCUAAGAAAAUGAAAAGAGAUAAAACAAGUGACUUAGUAGAAGAAUAUUUUGAAGCUCACAGCAGUUCAAAAGUUUUAACCUCUGAUAGAACACUGCAGAAACUAAAGAAAGCUAAACUGGAUCAGCAAACUUUGCAUAACUUAUUGAGCAAGGUUUCUCCUUCCUUUUCUGCUGAACUUAAACAACUAAAUCAACAAUAUGAACAAUUGUUUCAUAAAUGGAUGUUGCAGUUACACCUGGGGUUCAACAUUGUGCUUUAUGGUUUGGGUUCUAAGAGAGAUUUACUAGAAAGGUUUCGAGCCACCAUGCUGCAAGGUUCCAUUCAUAUUGUCAUCAAUGGUUUCUUUCCUGGAAUCAGUGUGAAAUCUAUCCUGAAUUCUAUAACAGAAGAAGUUCUCGAUCAUAUGGGUACUUUCCGAAACAUACUGGAUCAAUUAGACUGGAUAAUAAACAAAUUUAAAGAAGAUUCUUCUUUAGAACUCUUCCUUCUUAUCCACAAUUUGGAUAGCCAAAUGUUGAGAGGAGACAAAAGCCAGCAAAUUAUUGCACAGUUGUCAUCUUUACGUAACAUAUAUCUUAUAGCAUCUAUUGAUCACCUCAAUGCUCCUCUCAUGUGGGAUCAUGUAAAGCAGAGUCUUUAUAACUGGCUCUGGUAUGAAACGACUACAUAUAGUCCUUAUACUGAAGAAACCUCUUAUGAGAAUUCUCUUCUCGUUAAACAGUCUGGAUCACUACCACUUAGUUCCCUAACUCAUGUCUCACGAAGCCUUACCCCUAAUGCAAGGGGGAUUUUCAGACUACUAAUAAAGUAUCAGCUGGAUAACCAGGAUAACCCUUCUUACCUAGGACUUUCUUUUCAAGAUUUUUACCAGCAGUGUCGGGAGGCAUUCCUUGUCAAUAGUGAUCUGACACUUCGGGCCCAGUUAACGGAAUUUAGGGACCACAAGCUUAUAAGAACCAAGAAGGGAACUGAUGGAGUAGAAUAUUUAUUCAUUCCUAUUGACAAUGGGACGUUGUCGGAGUUCCUGGAAAAGGAGGAAGAAGAGUCGUGA